GGGCGAAUGAGCAGCGGUUCAGCAAGCCCUACAAGCAAUUCAAGUAGCCAAGGUACAAGAGCUCCAACGACCGGAUCAGAGAAAAGUAAUUCGACUACUAACGAAAUUAGCACUGGUUCAACCAGCCUCAUGAACAGUUCAACAAGCGAAGUUACUACUGCUCAACCAACUCGAACAGAGACAAAUAGUUCAACUACUGGGGGAAUGAGCAGUGGAUCAGCAAGCCCUACAAGCAAUUCAAGUAGCCAAGGUACAAGAGCUCCAACGACCGGUUCAGAGACAAGUAAUUCGACUACUAACGAAAUUAGCACUGGUUCAACCAGCCUCAUGAACAGUUCAACAAGCCAAGUUACUACUGCUCAACCAACUGGAACAGAGACAAAUAGUUCAACUACUGGGGGAAUGAGCAGCGGUUCAGCAAGCCCUACAAGCAAUUCAAGUAGCCAAGGUACAAGAGCUCCAACGACCGGUUCAGAGACAAGUAAUUCGACUACUAACGAAAUUAGCACUGGUUCAACCAGCCUCAUGAACUGUUCAACAAGCCAAGUUACAACUGCUCAACCAACUGGAACAGAGACCAAUAGUUCAACUACUGGGGGAAUGAGCAGCGGUUCAGCAAGCCCUACAAGCAAUUCAAGUAGCCAAGGUACAAGAGCUCCAACGACCGGUUCAGAGACAAGUAAUUCUACUACUAACGAAAUUAGCACUGGUUCAACCAGCCUCAUGAACAGUUCAACAAGCCAAGUUACUACUGCUCAACCAACUGGAACAGAGACAAAUAGUUCAACUACUGGGGGAAUGAGCAGUGGU